AUGUCCUCAAACCAGAGUAGUACGUCAAACAAGUCCUCAAACCAGAGUAGUACGUCCAACAAGUCUUCAAAUCAGAGUAGAACGUCCUCCAAGUCCUCAAACAACAGUAGUACGUCCUGCAAGUCCUCAAAUCAAGUCCUCAAACCAGGAAAGUACGUCCAACAAGUCCUCAAACCAGAGAAGUACGUCCUGCAAGUUCUCAAACCAGAGACGUACGUCCAACAAGUCCUCAAACCAGAGAAGUACGUCCAACAAGUCCUCAAACCAAGUACUCAAAUCAGAGUAAGAAGUACGUCCAACAAGUCCUCAAACCAGAGUAGUACGUCCAACAAGUCCUCAAACCAGAGAAGUACGUCCAACAAGUCCUCAAACCAGAGAAGUACGUCCAACAAGUCCUCAAACCAGGGACGUACGUCCAACAAGUCCUCAAACCAGAGUAGUACGUCCAACAAGUCCUCAAACCAGAGUAGUACGUCCAACAAGUCCUCAAACCAGAGAAGUACGUCUAAAAGUUCUCAAACCAGUGUAGAACGUCAAACAAGUCCUCAAACCAGUGUAGUACGUCCAACAAGUUCUCAAACCAGUGUAGAACGUCAAACAAGUCCGCAAACCAGAGUAGUAGGUCCAACAAGUUCUCAAACCAGAGUAUUACGUCCAACAAGUUCUCAAACCAGAGAAGUACGUCCAACAAGUUCUCAAACAAGAGAAGUACGACCAAUAACCCCUCAAACCAGAUAA